AUGAGGACGUCGGCAUUCAUCUCGGUCCUCCUCGCGACAAUCGUGUCAGCACACAGCGUGAUCACCUAUCCCGGCUGGCGAGGAAACAACCUCAUCACCAACGCAACAUUUCCCUACGGCAUGCAAUGGAUCUACCCAUGCGGUGGUCACAAUGUCACGACAAACAGAACAUACUGGCCCACAAGAGGCGGCGCUGUCGCUUUCCAGCCCGGCUGGUUCCGUGGCCACGAGACAGCCUUCGCCUACGUGAACAUGGGCUUUGGCGACGAUGGUCCUGACGGCGGCCCUGCAAACAUGACAAACCCGGUCGUCCCCAUGUUCCAGAUCCUCGGUCCCACCAACAAUCCAUUCCCAGGAACAAUCUGUCUUCCUCAGGUGCCUCUGCCCAAGAACACGACUGUAAAGGCAGGCGACAAGGCUACAAUCCAAGUUGUAGAACUAGCUGUUCACGGCGCAGCUCUGUACUCUUGCGUCGACAUCAUCUUCGCUGAACCAGGAGACAAGAGAAUCGCCGAAGUCAACGAGACAAACUGCUUCAACUCCACCGACAUCGGCUUCGCAGAGGUCUACACCAUCACGACCAAGCAGUCCGGCUCCGACGCCUACGUUAGCGAAUCCGGCGCGACACAAACACUGCGCCAGCUGAACCUCGCAGGCUGGCUACCGCUCGUGGCAGCCGGUGCAUAUGCCCUGUUUGCGUGA